GCCGAGCGCAGGCACAAAGUCCUCGCAAUGUUUUGUGCAGCUUCUCCGACAUGCAUACAGAUUAACAUGUGAAAAAAUCCGAGGCCCUUUCACAAACUCAACCAGGUCUGGACGAUCGAGCAGUCGAUAGCUCUUUGUUGCCGGCAUCGCCUCAUUGCUUCUGUGUUGUUCUGUACCUUCGCACAGCUGCCAUUGCCCGUCAUGGAAAUGCCCCAGAUCUACCGCCCAAUUCCCCGGCGAGGCUUCGAGAUAACGCCUGCUUCGGCCGACUCCUCACAUCCUCCGUCCCCAGCUACCGAGCCGAUCGGCCAGGAACAGAAUUCUAGUCACAGGGUUGACACAAUGCCUAGCCGAACUCGAUCCAUCCUCAAUCUCACUUCGUCUACUUUGCUGGGCAUAUAUUCGCCUAUAGGGUCAGACGCGGGACGUGAAGAGUCCUCGACACCAUGGGGGACCGGCGCCCAAACGCCGACCCAGAGAGGAAGCGUAGAUCAUACACCACAACUGUCUCCCCUGACUUGGACUGGGGAUAGUGCGAAGCCUGUGCUGCCACAGAAGAGAAAGGGAUUGCGUGGCUUUAUCCUGCCUCUUUUCCUACAGACAAUGCUCUUGUUCGGGUCCGGGAUUGGUUAUGGAUCACUCAUCACCCACCUGCAUCGAACACAACAUAUAACUCCAAUUCCAGUACCACACAUCGAACGCAACACUCUCUACUACCAGCUUUCUUGGGGUGUAUUUGGAAUCUUGUUGGGCAAUGCGCUACCAAUAGUGGACUCGCUGUGGGAAACGACUAUCUCGCCUGCUAUAAAUGGUGGUCGAGCCACUCAGCGGUCAACAUCAGGUGCCACGAAGGCGUCGAAUCAUGACAGUACCAACGCCAACUCGGCUCCAGAUAGUGGUCUGGGCCCUAUGUGGUACUCCGCGGUGAGAAGCAUAGGUGUCUUUGUCGGCAUUGCCUUUGCUAUGCGUCGUCUUCCCUGGCAGUCAACGCUACAAGUUGCUCUGACCUUGGCAUUGGCAAAUCCUGUCUUGUGGUACCUGAUUGAUCGAUCGUUGCCUGGCUUCGCCUUUUCCGCAGCAGUCAGCCUCAUUGGUACGCUGCUCCUGCUGUUGGUGGAUCCCAACUUCGUCCCAGUCCCGGCAAUCCAUCAGCCGAUGGCCUCGGAAAAGUUUGGCGUAUAUACUUGGUUGGCGAGUAUUCUUUUCUGCACGAGCAUCUGCUUUGGAGCGAUUGGUAGGAGGCUGCGAUUGUGACCAAAGAUCCUUUCUGCAGUCGUUGAGAUCCGGUGUCACAUUGACUACCUGGCUGGCCUCGUUACAGCCUGAAUAUUCCAGGCGGCAGCUGUAUAUUAAUUGAUUAGGAAGCUGAUGGUAGAACCAUUCGGC